AUGUCACCGUGGAAAGGCGUGGUACGUUUCAGGAAGAAAGAAAAGCAAAGUCCUCGUUACAUCGGAGUAUACCAAAUCAUUGAGCGAGUUAGUGAAGUUGCUUACCGACUUGAUUUACCUCUAGAGUUGUCAAUGGUGCAUAAUGUGUUCCACGUAUCCAUGCUACGGAGAUACGUCUCUGAUCCGUCACAUGUGAUUCCCCCUCAGCCGUUAGAGAUUAAUCCUGACUUUACGUAUGAUGAGGUUCCAGUGACGAUUCUUGACUGGAAAGACAAAGUCCUCAGGAACAAGACCGUUUGUAUGGUGAAAGUCUUAUGGAGAAACCACUCUGUUGAGGAAGUUACCUAG